UUGGCUUUUUCUCUCCCUCUCAAUUCUUUGUGUUGAUGGUUGAUUGUUUUUUAUUGUGAUUCUUUUUUUCUUUUAAUUAAUUUAAUUGUUUCUUAUUCAAAUAUGGAGGAAAGUGAAAGUCAGUCAACUUCUGAAAAAUAUAUUGGAAAUUCGGGUUCAGAAAAUGAAGAUAUCGUGUUAGAUAUUGGGGAUCAUUCUCUUGUUAAACGGAAUGACAACAAUUGGCAUGAUUAUGAUGAUUCUCAGGAUAGUGGGACCACCGAGAAUGAACAAUCAGAUUCUGGCCAUUCCUCUAGACCUUUACGCGAACAAGACAGAUACCUGCCUAUAGCAAACAUCGCUCGAAUAAUGAAAAGAUCUAUCCCAAAAUCGGGUAAAAUUGCCAAAGAUGCUAAAGAGUGUAUACAAGAAUGUGUCUCAGAAUUUAUUAGCUUUAUUACUAGUGAAGCAAGUGAUCGGUGUCAUCAAGAGAAACGUAAAACCAUCAAUGGAGAAGACAUUUUAUUUGCCAUGUCAAGUCUUGGGUUCGACAAUUAUAUUGAACCUUUGAAAGUGUAUCUACAAAAGUAUCGAGAGAUGAUGCCCAAAGUUAAAUCGGAAAGUGAUCUAACUAAUAUUGAUUUGUAUUAGCGAAAAAAAAAAUAAUAAAAUUAAACUGAGUCUAUACAUUUAAACUCAGAAAUAAA